AUGUCUUUUAAACCGGCGUCGAAUUUCACUUCCCUCAAAAAAUCUGUAGUUCUCUCUCUCUCUCUCUCUCUCUCUAUCUAUCUAUCUAUCUAUCUCUGUAUUUCUUUCUCUCUCUCUCUCUCUAUCUAUCUCUUUAUUUCUUUCUCUCUCUCUCUCUAUCUAUCUAUCUAUCUCUUUAUUUCUUUCUCUCUCUCUCUCUAUCUAUCUCUUUAUUUCUUUCUCUCUCUCUCUCUUUCUAUCUAUCUCUUUAUUUCUUUCUCUCUCUCUCUAUCUAUCGCUUUAUUUCUUUCUCUAUCUCUCUCUCACACACACACAUGCACUCCCUCACACAUAGACACUUUUCUCUCGCUCCUUUUCUUCUUCCAUAUUUCUAACUUUCUUUCUUUCCCUUUCCAUCUCUCUACUUCGCUUUCUCUAACUAUUUUUCCCUCCCUUUCUCUGUCCGUCUUUCUUUCUUUACUAUUUAACUAUCUCUCUCUAUGUCUCCUUUUCAAUGUCUCUCUUUUCUCUUCAAACGUCUCUCUAUCUGCUUCCCUUCUUAGUUCCAUAUCUCUUUUUUUUCUCACUUUCUUUUAUCACUUUGCCCGUUCUCCCAUUAUUUUUCUCACUCUCAUAUGUUUCUCAUACUCUCAUUUCAUCUCCCUCACUUUUUCCGCCUCUCUUUCUCUCUCUCUCUCUCUCUAUCUAUCUAUCUAUCUAUGUAUUUCUUUCUCUCUCUCUCUCUCUCUCUCUCUCUAUCUAUCUCUUUAUUUCUUUCUCUCUAUCUAUCUAUCUAUCUAUCUUUCUAUCUUUAUUUUUUCUCUCUUUUCCAACUCUCCGAUUCUCUUUCUAUUUCUCUUCUCUAUUCACUUUUCCCCUCGCUUCAUCACUCUCCUUUUCUCUGUCUAUAUAUUCCUUUCUCUGUCUCUCUUUACUUUGCCAUCCAUCUUGCUUUCUCUUUUUGCUUCUCACUACCUCUCUCUUUUAUCUCUUAUUUUUCUCCUCCUCUUUCCAACUCUCACUUUCUAUUUCUAUCUUUCCAUCUCUCUUUUUUCUCUCUCUUUCUCCUUACCUUCUCUCUUUCUCCUUACCUUACUCUUGUACUUCUCUUUUCUAUAUUUCUCCCAUUCUUUCUCCCUUUUGCUGUCCGUUUCUCUUAGCAACUCUCACUUUCUCUCUCUCUCUCUUUCUUUACUCAUCUUAUAUUUUCUGUUUCUUCUCCUUUUCUCUUUUCAUCGCUCACUUUCUCUUUUUCACAUUCUCUUUCUCACAUUCUCUCUCGUCCUUUACUCUUCGCCUUCCUUUUUACAUGUCUCACUCUUUCUCCUAACACAUUUCUUCUUUCUUUUUCCAUCGUUCUCUUUUUCUAUUUCUCUUUACACUUCUCUAAAUAUCUUCUCCCUCUCUGUUUCUCUCUUAUUCUCUCGUACAUCUCUCACUUCCUCUUUCUCUCUUUAUUUUAAGGGCUCCUCAAUACUUUUCUUUUAUACCUACAAAAAGUUUUCUUUUUUAAACAAGUCACCAUCAUCGUGUCGAACUAACUCGAAUUUACACGGCUGCAUGACGACAUCUAUCUCAGUCAUCCUUGAAAUUUACUUUUCCAUCCAUAUUACAUUCGGCAUUCCAAUUCCCCCCUAUCUAUCUAUCUAUCUAUCUAUCUAUCUAUCUAUCUAUCUAUCUAUCUAUCUAUCUAUCUCUGACUUGUUGUUGGUUAAUCUCUCUCUCUCUCUCUCUCUCUCUCUCUCUCUCUCUCUCUCUCUUUCAUUUGUUUUGUCAAAUUAUUCGUUCUUUCUCAAUUUCUUUCUCCCUCUUUCUUCGUUUCAUUUAAAUAAUUAUCGCUCCUUUCUUUUUUUUAAUCUUUUCUUUGUUUUUGUUAUAUUAAUCUAUCUACCUCUCUCUGUUUUUCUCUUUGUUUUUGUUAAAUCGUUCUCUCUUUUCUCGCUCUAUUUUCUCUUUUUGCUUUUUUUCUUUCUCUUUCGAACUUUCACUUUUGUUAAAUUAUUCUCCCUUUCUUUCUCUCAUUUCCUUUGUUUUUUGGAAAAUUGUUUUCCUAGUAUCUCUCUCCUAUUUUAUGAACUUUUCAUCUUUUAUUUCACUCACUCAGUCACCUUUUCCGAUUCUCCCUUUCAAUCGUUUUUUUCCCUUUUUUCAUCAUUUUAUCUUUUUCCAUCGCUCCCACAUGAACUCCUUUUCAAAUUAAUCUUUAACUCUUUUUUCGUUCUUUUGCCUUCUCCUCAAGAUCUAUCUAUCUAUCUAUCUAUCUAUCUAUCUAUCUAUCUAACUCGUCCAUACCUAUCUCAUUCUGUUCAUAUCUAUCAAUCUAUCUAUUCAUCUAUCUCGUUGUUCAUAUCUAUCUCAUUCUGUUUCUAUCUAUCUAUCUAUCUAUCUAUCUAUCUAUCUAUCUAUCUAAGUCUCUUUUUUCUGUCUAUCUAUCUAUCUAUCUAUCUAUCUAUCUAUCUAUCUAUCUAUCUCACCUUAUUAAAUAUCCAUCUCUUCAAUUCUAUCUAUCUAUUUAUCUCAGUGUGGUCAUGCAUCUUUAUAUGA